AAUGAUGAUUGGUAAGUGAAACCAUCCAAGUUAAUUGUUGUAAUUUCUUUCUUAAAUUUGUUUAAUUUGAUUGUUUCUCGAUCGUUGGAUUAACAACAUCAACAUGGAAUCCAAUGGUCACCAAUCUGAGGACAAAUCAAGAGAUGAUCAAAUCAAAUCACAAGUAUUUCAAAUCUCUGGAAAACAAUUAGUUCAAGGUUAUAUUGGAUGUCCACCAGUUACUAAUCAAACCUCCGGAGAUCAAGAAGAAUCAGAAUCAAUCAAAAACAAUAUGAAUUCAUUAAGAAACAAUAUUGGAUUUUGGAUCCUUGGACUAUGUAACAAUUAUGGUUAUGUGAUCAUGUUAUCCGCUGCUCUUGAUAUACUUAGCAAGAAUUUCAAUGAUAAUGAGGAUAAAAAAUCAGAAUCAAAUGACGAAGCGAUUUGUAAUCCAAUGUCAACUGGAGCAAUUUUAAUUGCUGACAUCAUUCCAUCACUAAUUAUAAAGUUCGCAUCGCCUGUCCUACCAUUGGGAUCAAAUGUUCGAGUGGCUCUUGUUGUUGGCCUUUCAGCGUUGAGUUACAUUAUGACGGCGCUUUCGUUUGCUCGUUGGGUCUCAUUUCUUGGAGUAAUCUGUGCAUCGGCUUCAAGUGGUCUGGGUGAGGCAACUUUCCUCUCUUACAGCUCUCGUUUCGGUGACGGUGACACUGUCUCAUACUGGUCAUCGGGAACGGGCGGUGCUGGACUCAUCGGAUCUAUUUCGUAUGCUGGACUAGUUCAAGCGGGUUUAUCUCCUCGAGUUACUCUUUUAAUUAUGUUAAUUGUCCCUGUGAUUAUGGCGAUUACUUUCUGGCUCGGUUUGGUUCCACCUAAAAUCGACGUGGCCACAAUUACUCCGCUCAUGGAGCCUAAUGAGCCCACACCGACUGGUGAUGAGAUAGUUUCAUAUGAAACAGUUAGAGAGCCAGAAAUGGCUCUCACCUUUAAAGAGAAAUCAAUUUUAAUGAAGGGUUUAUUACGAUUUAUGAUUCCAUUGGCCUUAGUCUAUUACUCAGAGUAUUUGAUUAAUCAAGCAUUGUUUGAAUUGGUUUAUUUCCCUGAUAUCUGGUUAACCCACAAGGAACAGUAUCGUUGGUACCAAGUUGAUUAUCAAUUAGGAGUUUUAAUUUCUCGAUCAUCAGUUAAAUGGAUCAAAAUUAAAGCACUUUGGCUUUUACCAAUUCUACAAACUUUUAAUUUGGUUCUAAUUUUCAAAGUAUUGAAAAAUUAUCUACCCAAUAUUUGGAUCAUGUUGUUAAUUGUCUUCUAUGAAGGUCUUCUCGGUGGAGCUGCUUAUGUAAAUACAUUCGAUCAAAUCUAUCGUAAAUACGAAGACAGAGUUCGUGGUUUCUGCCUGGGGGCAGCAUCUAUUGCCGAUGCUGUGGGCAUCACUUUAUCUGGAUUUUCAUCUGUUCUUAUUCAUAACAUUCUGUGUGAUUAUAUUUCAAAACAAUAGUUGAAUUAUAAUAUUCAAAUAUUCACAAUUAUCUUAACAAAAAUCAUUUAUAAAUUAUUGGCAAAAUUGUGUGUAAAUUGUAUUUUAUAAAAAUCUAUACCUCUAAAAGACUAGAAGUUAUUGUUUUGUGGUGUAUUAAUAUUUACAUUAAUUGUAUUGUGAUUAAUAAAAAUCUUUUAACUUUUCAAUAA